AUUGUCUCACUUUAAGUUUUACUAGUGAAAAACAAUCACAACCCCACUAAAUCAAUAUAGUCAUGGUGUUGCCACUUUCUCUUCUCAAAACCGCUCAAAACCACCCGAUGCUUGUGGAGUUGAAGAACGGCGAGACUUAUAACGGUCACCUGAAAGCCUGCGAUUCGUGGAUGAAUAUUCAUUUGGUGGAUGUUAUUUUCACAUCAAAAGACGGUGACAAGUUCUUCAAAAUGUCAGAAGCGUAUGUCCGGGGAUCUACUAUCAAGUAUCUCAGAAUUCCAGAAACAGUGGUCGAUCUCGUGAAAACUGAAGUCAACGAAGUUCGUCGUCAACAGCAGCGCGAGCAAUCCCGUGGUCGUGGUGGUGGACGAGGAGGACGUGGAGGACACCGCGGAGGUGGUGGAAACCGAGGCGGACGCGGAGGAGCUCGAUAAUUCCUGCAGUGCUUCGAUUGCUGAUAACAAUUUCUCGUUUACUCUAAAUAAUUUAUGUAUUUGAAAUUAUUUUUUUACCCAAAAACCAAACCUUCCUCCGUCUCUUCUGAUCUUCCCCAAGUCGGGUUGUUUCACAUGUUUUGAAAUUUUAUUACAAUAAAUUGAAUUAUACUUC